CGAGUGCGCCACAACAACAACAAAUAUGGCCGCCCCCAGUGGUGACGAAGUUGAAAUUUUUUCACAAAUAUGUCCUUUUAAACUUUAAAAGAAUAACGGCCCCUUAUAUACCAGCAGAUUAAACGUUCAAAGUACAAAAAAUUUCACAUUUAAUGAACUAUAGAUAUGGCAUCGAUUGAAAAGUUGGAAAUGCAGAGGGAUCUUGAAAAUGAAAGCUCCGUCACAGUCUUGGAAAAACAAGUACAAAGACGAAUUUUCAAAAUUAUUGUCAUUGGCGAUUCAAAUGUAGGCAAGACCUGUCUUACAUAUAGAUUCUGUUGUGGAAAGUUCCCAGACAAAACAGAAGCUACAAUUGGAGUUGACUUUCGUGAAAAACUUGUUGAUGUUGAGCCAGAGCAACUAAAGCUGCAGCUGUGGGACACUGCCGGUCAAGAGCGCUUCCGUAAAAGUAUGGUUCAGCAUUACUACAGAAAUGUCCACGCAGUUGUGUUCGUGUACGAUGUUACAAAGAUGUUGUCGUUUGAGAAUCUUCCUGGUUGGAUAGAUGAGUGUGAUAGACACAGUUUAAACAAGCAAAUUCCUCGGAUACUUGUCGGUAAUAAAUGUGAUAUGACGGACAAAGUAGCCGUCAAUACAAACCUAGCUCAAAAGUUUGCCGACACGCACAACAUGCCCUUAUUUGAAACGUCUGCAAAAGAUGAUGAAAAGGCAAAUCAUGUUGAUGCAAUAUUUAUGACCUUGGCUCAUAAAUUGAAGAAUUCCAAACCAAUGAUGCCCCCACACUUGGCUAAUUACGGAUCUGGUUACCAGAAUGAAGAGGUUGUUCAUAUUCAUGACAGUCCUGAGAGGCGGGGCUUAAGGAGGGCCGGGUCAGAUGAAGGGAACAAAGAUGGAUGUUCGUGUUAAAAAUUGAUUUUGAGGAGAAUUUUUAUUUGUCAUCAGAAAACUUGUAUAAAUAGAUUAUCAUGUAUUUAAUGUUAUUCAAGUACUAUUCUGGGUUUGGAUCAGUGUCAUUUGCAUGUUAUAAUCAUUGCUAUCAUUUUAUCAAAAUUCAUACUUGUAU